AUGGGACAAAAAACCAGUAAACAUCAAAAAGAUUUAACUUCUUUGUCAGAUGACGAUGUUGAACGAUUAACAAAAAAUACAACGUAUACAAAACAACAAAUUCAAGAUUGGCAUAAAGGAUUUCUUCAUGAUUGUCCUAAUGGCAAACUUGAUAAAAAGAAAUUCUUAGAAGUGUAUAAGAAAUUUUAUCCUGAAGGUAAAGCUGAAAGAUUUUGUUCACAAGUUUUUAAAGCUUUUGAUUCGGAUGAUAAUGGUUAUAUUGAUUUUCUUGAAUUUAUUAUUGCUGUGAAUAUAACAUCUCAUGGUGACGUCAGAGAAAAACUUCGAGUCGCUUUUGAUAUGUACGACAUGAAUAAAAAUGGAAAGAUCGACAAGAAAGAGAUGACGAAAGUGAUUACGGCUAUUUAUGAACUUUUAGGUGAAGAAAAUCGUAAAGGUGACAAUGCACCAGAAAAUCGUGUGAAGAAUAUAAUGGAAAAAUUAGAUCUUAAUGAUGACAAAAAUAUCUCUCGUGAUGAAUUUGUUGAAGGUUGUCUUAAAGAUGAAGUACUUCGACAGUUAUUAGCACCUAAUGUUUAA